AUGAAGUGGCUCGUGCUGGCCCUGAUGUGCCUCCAGCUUUCGGAGGGGCUGGUGAGAAUCCAGCUGAAGAAAGCCAAGUCUAUCAGGGAGAAGAUGAGGGAGGCUGGAGUGCUGGAUGACUACCUGAAGAAAGUUAAUUAUGAUCCAGCUAAGAAAUACCGCUUCAGUGGAGACUAUGUUGUGAACGAGCCGAUCACCAGCCACCUGGACUCCUCCUACUUCGGUGAGAUCAGCAUCGGGACCCCCCCACACAACUUCCUGGUGCUCUUUGACACCGGCUCCUCCAACCUGUGGGUGCCCUCCACCUACUGCCAGACACAGGCGUGCUACAACCACGCUACCUUCAACCCCAGCGCAUCCUCCACCUUUGUCAACAACGGCCAGUCCUACAGCAUCUCCUACGGCAGCGGCUCGCUGACAGUGGUGCUGGGCUACGACACACUGACGAUCCAGAGCAUCACGGUCACAAACCAGGAGUUCGGGCUCAGCGAGAGCGAGCCAGCCCAGCCUUUCUACUACGCUGAUUUUGAUGGGAUCCUGGGAAUGGCCUACCCCUCACUGGCAGUGGGAGGGACACCCACCGCACUGCAGGGCAUGCUGCAGCAGAACCAGCUCACCGAGCCCAUCUUCAGCUUCUACUUCUCUCGCCAGCCCACCUACAACUACGGGGGAGAGCUUGUUCUUGGAGGAGUUAACACUCAGCUCUACCAAGGGGAGAUUUCAUGGGCACCAGUGUCCCAGGAGCUUUACUGGCAGGUCACCAUUGAUGAGUGAGUUGCGUUUGUGCUUCAUGGGCAUNNGACCGGCUGGUGCAGCCAGGGCUGCCAGGCCAUCGUGGACACUGGAACGUACCUGCUGACCGUGCCCCAGACGUACCUCGACAGCUUCCUUCAGGCCAUGGGUGCCCAGCAGACCAGCUACGGCUAUGCAGUUGACUGCAGUACGGUCGAGAGCCUGCCCACCAUCACCUUCGUCAUCAACGGAACUGAGCUCCCUCUCGGCCCCUCUGCCUACGUCAUGAACAGCAACGGCUACUGCACUCUUGGGAUUGAGGUCACCUACCUGCCUUCCCAGAAUGGGCAGCCACUCUGGAUCUUGGGUGAUGUCUUCCUCAAGGAGUAUUACACCGUCUUUGACAUGGCUAACAACCGCAUCGGCUUCGCCACGUCAGCAUAG